AAAGCUCUGUAGAUACGUCAUCGCCUUUUGUUCCAUCGACUUGUGCGUAUCGGGUGUUCCGAAAUGAUCGCAUCGUUCGAUCUUUUUCACAGGUAAUCAGUGCCGAAGGUGAUGUCCGCGGCAUGUGUAUAACACCAGAUUGGGCUCUGAAUCCACUUCGACUGAAUGCGGUACAUCGUGGUCGGCGACAGCAAACAUUCAGUGCUCGACUUGAGGACGAGGAUAAUCUGCUUCGUCGUGUCCGAUCGAUUGAGGGUGAUGAUUACAAACCACCGCAUCGAAAACAGUUUGAGUUGGAAGAUUCCUCAUCCGUGCGUGCCACUCGUUCCAUCAUUUCCGGGGUCAGAAAACGGCAGCAGGAGAUUAUCAAGUGUGAACAAGAAACGGUCAACCUUGGAACGCCAUUAUGUGCAA